GCCGGGCGGGGGCCGCUGCAGUUGGCGCUACAGUUGGGCGAGUGGAGUCGCGCGCGGGAGACGUUGGGCCUUCUCCCUCCCGGAUUGGCCGCGCGGUGGGCGCCCCCCCGCCACGCCUGCCAUGGCCUCCGGCGAAGGGAGCGAGGAGGAAGCGCGGGUGCUGCAGACUCUCCGCGGGAAGAUUUGUGAGGCCAAAAACCUAGUGCCAUACUCUGGACCAAACAAGAUGAGAGACUGUUUUUGUACAAUCAAUUUAGAUCAAGAAGAAGUUUUUCGUACUCAGGUAGUAGAGAAAUCCUUAAGCCCCUUUUUUGGAGAAGAGUUCUACUUUGAGAUACCAAGGACAUUCCAGUUCUUAUCAUUCUAUAUUUAUGACAAGAGUGUUUUGCAGAGGGACCUACGAAUAGGAAAAAUAGCUAUUAAAAAAGAAGACUUGAGCAAAUACUGUGGCAAAGAACCGUGGUUUAUGCUUCAGCCUGUUGAUUCUAACUCAGAGGUUCAGGGAAAAGUUCAUCUUGAAUUAAAGCUGAAUGAACUGAUUACAGAUAAUGGAUCAGUCUGCCAACAGCUAGUAGUACACUUGAAGGAAUGUCAUGGGCUACCUCUUAUCAAUGGACAAAAUUGUGAUCCUUACGCUACAGUGUCUAUUGUGGGCCCUUCAAGGAAUGACCAAAAGAAGACAAAAGUAAAGAAGAAAACAAGCAACCCACAAUUUAAUGAAACGUUUUAUUUUGAGGUAACCAGGUCCAGUAGUUACACCAAAAAGUCACAGUUUCAGGUGGAAGAAGAGGAUAUUGAGAAGCUGGAAGUCAGGGUUGAUUUAUGGAAUAAUGGGAACUUGGUGCAAGACCUUUUCCUGGGAGAAGUUAAAAUUCCUGUCAAGACAUUGGGAAGUGAUUCCUUCCAAGCUUGGUACCUUCUACAACCAAGAGAUAAUGGAAAUAAGUCCUCCAAGAGUGAAGAUCUGGGAUCACUUAGACUGAAUAUAUGUUACAGUGAAGACUGGGUGCUUCCAUCUGAGUAUUAUGCCCCCCUCAGGAACUUGCUGCUAAAGUCAACAGAAGUUGAGCCGGUAUCUGCUUCUACGGCUUACAUUUUGGCUGAAGUAUGUCGGGAUAAAUAUGAUACCAUUAUACCUCUUGUACGAUUGUUGCUUCAUCAUCAUAAACUAGUACAGUUUAUCACUGCAGUGGCAGAAUUAGAACUGAAGGAUACCCAAGAAGCAAAUACAAUCUUCAGAGGAAAUUCCUUAGUUACUAGAUGCCUAGAUGAGAUGAUGAAAAUAGUGGGAAAGCACUACCUGAAGGUUACCUUAAAACCCAUUCUAGAUGAGAUAUGUGAGAAUCCUAAGCCUUGUGAAAUUGAUCCCCUGAAACUGAAAGAAGCUGAUACUGCUGAAAUUCACAAAGAAAAUUUACGGACCUAUGUUGACAAAGUAUUUGGUACAAUUGUGGAGUCAAGUAUAAGUUGCCCUACAUUGAUGUGUGAUGUAUUCUGUACUCUGAGAAGUCUGGCUGCUGAGAGAUUCCCCAAUGACCCUCAUGUACAGUAUUCUGCAGUGAGCAGCUUUGUGUUUCUUCGUUUCUUUGCUGUAGCUGUAGUAUCGCCUCAUACUUUCCAUUUACGACCUCACCAUCCAGAUGCACAAACAUCUAGAACAUUAACCCUCAUAUCAAAAGCCAUCCAAACACUGGGAAGCUGGGGAAGUUUGUCCAAAAGCAAGCUAUCAAGCUUCAAGGAAACAUUUAUGUGUGAAUUUUUCAGAAUGUUUCAGGAAGAGAAAUAUACUGAAGCUGUCAAAAAGUUUUUAGAUGAAGUAUCGUCUACGGAGAGUAAAGAGCCAAAUGUCAGGAGUGAGGCAGUGCAUCUAAAAGAAGGGGAAAUGUACAAAAGAGCACAAGGAAGAACUCGCAUUGGGAAAAAAAAUUUCAAGAAACGCUGGUUCUGCCUUACUAGUAAAGAGCUCACGUAUCACAAGCAACAAGACAAGGAACCAAUUUACAGUGUUCCAGUUAGAAACAUCCUUGCAGUGGAAAAACUUGAUGAGAACUCCUUUAACAAGAAAAACAUGUUUCAAGUGAUCCAUGUGGAGAAGACACUUUAUGUGCAAGCAAAUAAUUGCGUGGAAGCUAGUGAGUGGAUUGAAGCGCUCUGCCGAGUAAGCAGAUGCAACCAAAGAAGACUGAGUGUUUACCAUCCCUCUGCUUUCUUGAAUGGGAAUUGGCUUUGCUGUAAGGCUACAUCAGAGAACACAGCGGGGUGUACACCAUGCACUGCUGGUGUACCUGCUGAUAUUCAAAUAGAAAUUGAUGGAGAUAGAGAAACUGAGAGAAUCUACUCGCUUUUUGCUGUCAACAUGCCAAAGCUGCUGAAGAUGCAAGAGGCUUGUGGAAGCAUAGCAGUCUAUCAGGGUCCACGGAAAGAACCAGACGACUAUUCAAAUUUCACAAUUGAGGACUCUGUAGCAACUUUUCAGACACUUCAACAAAUAAUAUCUGUAGUGGAAAAAUUGUCUGAACAUCAUGAUAGAUAUCGGAAGAAGAGAUCAUCUAGUGCUAAAUAUGGCAGUGAAGAAAAUCCAAUUGUUGGAAAAAUUUCCUAACCAAAGACAAUCUGCCAGAGAUGAGUUCAGAAGAAACUGGAGUAAUUUUCACUUUCUCAAAAUCCUGGUUUUAUAUUGAUUUCAGAGUAUUUCAGAAUGUAUAUUGGCUGCAAAUUAUCUGUGUUCAAUUUAUUUAAUAUUUAAUAAGACCAAUUUGGAAACCGGAUUCUAUUUUUGGGAGAAACUUACAUAUUGCUCAAAGAACAAAGUUUCAGAAGAUGCACGUAAAUGUGGACUUUCUACACUUCAGAGGAGCUAUCAAAAUAAGCUUUUUAGAAGUGAGGAAGAUAACUACCAUUGUGGAAGGGAUUGUACAUCUGCCAAAUUCAUCGUUUGGUUUUGAAACAUCAGUACCCAUUCAGCAGAUGGAUCUUGGCAUCAGAAAUUCCAAGAGAUGACUAAGGAUCCAAAGCUUUAUAUUCAGCGCACAGCCACUUUUAAAACUGUCCUGUCUUAAUCUGCUAAUCUAUAGUAGACAUUCUGUUUUAAAAAACAAAAUGGUGGUACUUUUAAAUGUGCAUUGAUAAGUUAGCAAUGUUUUAUUUAAGAGAUAUUAAUGAAACAGGACAAGUCAGGGACUCUGCAUCUUGUUUACAGUUGGGGUGAGUGGUGAAAGGAGUGACAUGGGAUAAUUUUCUACGUCUUUGUCUUGAUAAACAACCAGUUACGAAUUUUUUUUAGCUAUCAGGGCUUAUCUGGAGGAGCAAGAGUUUUGGCUGUUGGGAAAAUAUUGCUAAAUACUACAUAGCGUGUUCCUUCUUAAAAUUUAAAAACAGCCCUAAAGGCUGGUGUUAAGCAUUAGACUUGAGUUGGGUUUAAUGGCAAAUUGUUGCUUUUGAGAAUCACUCCACGCACUUUAGAUAUCUGGAUAAGCUCCAGAUUAUAUUUCUAGAUACUUUGUAGUAUCUAAUAUUAUGAUCAGUUGAAUGAUCGCUGUUGUGGCUUAAAAUAAUGCUUUUUGUGAACUUUUUUAUAUCCAGUUUUUUACUUGUCAGGUGAAGUUUGGAACUCAGCUUUGCCUUUAGGAACUCUUACUCUUGCCUUCUUGAUCUGUGUCUUGCCAUAGGCUGAUAAAAUGACUAUGUAAUGAACAAGCUACCACUUGAGAGAAGUAAAGGCUAACCUUCCAUUCAUCAGUAUUAUUGAUUAUGGAACUAGAAACCCAUUUUGGGAGCAGUUUGCUGAGCACUAUUAAAAUGGAUAUAUUUCCAAUGAAGACAUGGCCAUAGUAUUUGUAAAUGUCCUCUUUUUAACUUUUUUUAAAGUUACUGUUGCUUUCCCAAAUAUUAAUGUUGUUUGAUACAAUUCUGGUAUAAUAGCGAGAAUAUACAAGCUGCUUAGAAUAUUAUACAUUACUAGUAGUAUGGCAUUGCCUAAUAAAUCGCAGAGAUGUCAUCAAAGGAUCAAAAUGUCCAAUCAAAAAACAUUCUGCACCAGCAAAUAAAAGUCUAUGAUCCUUUGAGCUACUUUAUGUAUCCAUAGAAAGUUGCAUGCACCAAGUGGAAAUUUUCUUCUUGAAGAGCUAUCUUGCCUUGUCAAAUACAGUUUAUCACAUGCUAAGGUGGCAAUUAAAAAAACUCCAAAGUUUCUAGUAGACAAUAAGGAGCCAUAAGGGAUUGACAGCAUAAUGAACAAUACAGUGCUUAUGCAGUGAUAACAGUAGAAAUAUAAGAGAAGCCCAACAAAAUUAAAUAGUAUCUGGAAGUUCUAGAUUAAAAUGGAUAUUAUAUGGGAUUCAGAUGUGAUGUGUGGUUUGUACGGAGGAGGCUUAUACAUAGCUGAUGGCAUUUUUCAACUAAGGCCCUUUCCACACGGGCCAUUUACAGCGCCCUAGGGAUGGCAAAAACGCCGUCCCUAGGGAGCUGUUCGCAUGGGGGGGCGCAGUUGCAUUGCAGCCAUGCCACCCUUGCUCUCCCCCCCCCCCUCCGCGCGGCGCGAAGCCGCUGUUUCCAAACCUCACUCCCCGAGCAAGGUUUUCUGAAAACAGUGGCUUCCAGCCGCUGCCUU